GCGCGGGAGCGAGCGUCAGGAUCCAAGGACGGACCGGGGGCUCGCGAGCUUCAGGUCAUCUGAAAGUCCGCGAGCAUCAACAGACACCGACUACCGGAGACAACAUUUAAAAUAUGAACUGAUGAAUUCAUUAGAAAAGAAAAGACAAAUAUUUAAAUGUUGUUGUUGUUGUUUUUUUCCCCCUGUUGAAUGAAACGACACGGUGAAUCAACAGGACGAGGCGCGAGACGGUUAUCAACAAUGUCAACCGGGUUUGUCGUUUAAACUGUGAAUGAAAAACAUUUAAUCCAUCAAAGAAGAAAUGAGGAUUUUCACCUACACCUUCGGUGUGAAACGGUGAGGGCACGGAACGAAAAUAAAACGUCACCGGAGAUUUUCAACGGUUCAACAUUUGAUUUAUUAACCUAAUUAAAAACGAACACCUUUAACCUGAUAGACCCGAGUCACCGGACAGAACCGGAGGAGGAAAAGCUGACGGUACCGGGCUGAUACUGGGAACGCUGGGAGGGAUCACCGUGAUUUAAAUAAAUCACAGACGGUGAAAUCAACAGGAGACCGACUGAACGACGCAGUUUUGUAACGGAAUUCUGACCCGAGAGGCGAAACAAUUAUCGGUUUUUAAUUUGAAAAACCUGCAGGAGAAACCGAGCCAGAAACGGCUGUAAACAUGGAGCUGCGUGGCAUGCUCCUCCUCACCGUGCUGCAGUGCUGUUCGGUUGCUCGCGGUGGUUGCGAGCCCCGGCUGGUAAACAUCGGUGCAGUGCUGAGUCAUAAACGCUACGAGCAGGUGUUUAAGGAGGCGGUGAGCCAGGCCAACACUCUGUACGGUAAAGAGAAGUUCAAGAUGAACGCCAUCUCCGUCACACACAAACCCAACGCCAUCCAGAUGGCUCUGUCCGUCUGCGAGGACCUCAUCUCCAACCAGGUGUAUGCGAUCCUGGUCAGUCACCCUUCUCAGUCCAAUGACCACCUUACCCCGACACCCGUCUCCUACACCGCUGGUUUCUACCGUAUCCCAGUGGUCGGCCUGACGACACGCAUGUCCAUCUACUCUGACAAGAGCAUCCACUUGUCGUUCCUGAGGACAGUGCCUCCGUACUCCCACCAGGCUCAUGUCUGGUUCGACCUUAUGAGAGAGUUCAGGUGGAACCACAUCAUCCUCAUCGUCAGCGACGACCACGAAGGACGAGCCGCUCAGAAGAGACUGGAGACGCUACUGGAGGAGCGAGAGACCAAGACUAAAAACAGGAACUAUGAAAACCUCGACCAACACAACUUUGACUUCAGGAGAACACCCAAGGCAGAGAAGGUGCUGCUCUUCAGCCCAGACACCAACCUGACGGCUCUGCUGCUGGAAGCCAAAGACCUGGAGGCCCGAGUCAUCAUCCUCUCUGCCAGUGAGGACGAAGCUGCAGCAGUGUAUAAAGCAGCCCGUCAGCUCAACAUGACCGGCUCUGGUUACGUCUGGCUGGUCGGAGAGAGAGAGAUGACCGGCAAAGCUCUGAAUGAAGCUCCAGAUGGCCUGCUGGGCCUCCAGCUGAUUAAUGGUAAAAACGAGUCAGCUCACAUCGCAGACGCUGUGGCAGUGGUGGCUCAGUCUCUGCAGGAGCUGUUUGAGAAAGAGAACAUCACGGAGCCUCCGCGGGGCUGCGUGGGAAACACCAACAUCUGGAGGACAGGACCACUCUUUAAACGAGUGCUGAUGUCAUCCAAAUAUCCUGACGGUCUGACUGGACGAAUCGAGUUUAACGACGACGGCGACCGACGCUUUGCAACCUACAGCAUCCUGAACUGGCAGCAGAAGCCAAGUCGCCUCGUCCAGGUCGGAGUCUUCAACGGAUCACAGGUUGUGAUGAACCCUCAGAGGAAGAUCAUCUGGCCUGGAGGAGAGACAGAGAAACCAGUUGGAUACCAGAUGUCGACUAAACUGAAGAUUGUAACGAUCCAUCAGGAGCCAUUUGUUUACGUGAAGCCAACAAAGACUGAUGGGACGUGUAAAGAGGAGUACACCGUCAACGGAGUCUUAAUCAAGAAGGUGAUCUGUACCGGACCCAAUGGGACCACACCAGGUCAGCCCAUCGUCCCUCAGUGUUGCUAUGGUUUCUGCAUUGACCUGCUCAUCAAGCUGGCGAUGAGCAUGAACUUCACCUACGAAGUUCACCUGGUCGCUGAUGGGAAAUUUGGCACGCAGGAGCGCGUGAACAACAGUAACAAGAAGGAGUGGAACGGGAUGAUGGGGGAGCUGUUGGGAGGUCUGGCCGACAUGAUCGUCGCUCCCCUCACCAUCAACAACGAGCGUGCUCAGUACAUUGAGUUCUCCAAACCCUUUAAAUACCAGGGGCUAACCAUCCUCGUCAAGAAGGAAAUCCCUCGCAGCACUCUGGAUUCAUUCAUGCAGCCGUUCCAGAGCACACUGUGGCUGUUAGUCGGUCUGUCGGUCCAUGUGGUGGCAGUGAUGCUUUACCUAUUAGACCGGUUCAGCCCGUUUGGAAGGUUUAAAGUAAACAGUGAAGAAGAAGAAGAAGACGCCCUCACCCUGUCCUCUGCCAUGUGGUUCUCAUGGGGAGUACUGUUGAACUCUGGGAUAGGAGAAGGAGCUCCCAGGAGUUUCUCAGCGAGGAUUCUGGGUAUGGUGUGGGCAGGUUUCGCUAUGAUCAUUGUCGCAUCAUAUACUGCCAACCUGGCAGCCUUCCUUGUGUUGGACCGGCCUGAGGAGCGCAUCACUGGCAUCAAUGACCCCAGGCUGCGUAACCCAUCAGAUAAGUUCAUCUACGCCACAGUGAAGCAGAGUUCGGUGGAUAUCUACUUCAGACGGCAAGUGGAGCUGAGCACCAUGUACCGGCACAUGGAGAAACACAACUACGAGAGCGCUGCUGAGGCCAUCCAAGCCGUCAGAGACAAUAAGCUUCAUGCCUUCAUCUGGGACAGCGCUGUGUUGGAGUUCGAGGCAUCACAGAAGUGCGAUCUGGUGACGACAGGAGAGCUUUUCUUUCGCUCCGGAUUUGGGAUUGGAAUGAGGAAAGACAGUCCAUGGAAACAGAACGUUUCUUUGGCUAUUCUCAGCUCUCAUGAGAAUGGCUUCAUGGAGGACCUGGACAAGACGUGGGUUCGAUACCAGGAGUGUGACUCCAGGAGCAACGCCCCCGCUACCCUUACGUUCGAGAACAUGGCAGGUGUGUUCAUGCUGGUUGCCGGGGGCAUCGUUGCCGGGAUCUUCCUCAUCUUCAUCGAGAUCGCGUACAAACGACACAAAGACGCUCGAAGGAAACAGAUGCAGCUCGCCUUCGCUGCUGUGAACGUCUGGAGGAAAAACCUGCAGGAUAGGAAAAGUAGAGCAGAGCCCGAGUCCAAAACCUCUUUUAGGUCCAUCACUUCGACCUCCGACCUCAAAUGCCGUAAGGCCUCCGGGGAUGCCACGCCGUACCCGACUGACAUCACUGGCCAGCUCAACCUAUCAGAUCCUUCCGUCAGCACCGUGGUCUAAGAGGGAAAGAGAGCUACACUGCUGCCGCUGAGCCACACACACACACACACACACACACACACACACACACACACACACACACAUCGCCUCGCCUUGCUCUGCUUGUAGCCGUCAGCCUCCUCCAAACAGAGGGUCUUUUAUUUUAAAAGAACUGUUUAAAAUAGCUUUUAUUUGGGUUGAUGUCUUUGAUGUUGCACAGUUUCCUGUCUGUCACACUGAUUGAUCGUACUGACUCAUCGAUCCUCCCGAUCAGUUUUUGCUUCAUCUCGCCGGAAACUCGAGCUCCGAAACUCCAACGCAGACGUUUCCUCCAAACGGAAAUACACACACACCUGCCGAUCGAUCGGGAACCUAUUGAUCGAUCAGGAACUUGUUGAUCGAUCGGGAACCCGUCGGUCGUUCGGGGACCUAAUCACUGAUCAAAGAGUGGUAGGUGGGCUGAUCCUCUGGGACAGGAAGUAUUUUCUAACCACAACGUCUCCCGCAUCACUGAACCAGGUGCACGUUCAAUCUCAAGACAAUGUGCACCAUUUUGCUACGGUUUCCGGGUUGAAUGACAUGUUUCCUCGGAAAGGUGUAAAACGGUGUGCAACGAGCUUUGAGGUAUGUUUUCUCUCGGUUGGUGGAUGUGUCAGAGGUGUUAUCCUAUCAGCAGAGACGUGUACGUAAAAUCGCGGUAAUAAAAAGGCAGUGCACUUGCGCACGCAGCAGGGUGUUCAGCACGCAUCCGUUUCAGUUAAAUAAAUGGAUUACUAUGCUUUGUCGGGGCUGAACAUUCCCCUGACUGCAGGGAUCUGUAAUGGCUUCUCACCGAUGAGGCUCAUGGGUACUGUAGUCUCUAGAGCCACUCCACCAAACUGAGGAGAAAAUGUGAUCUGACAGUUUGGUUCAAUGAUUCAGGAACUUCUUUUUUAAACCUCUAUUUAGCAUUUAUAAGACGUAUAUAAAGAAUUAAUAAAUCGUUUAUAACACUGUAUGAUUUAAGCCGAUAUGAGGACAUUUUUAUUGGUAAUUUUACAUAUUUGGUAUAUUCAUGAACAAAUUAUGUAUACAUGAAUAUUUCUUCUUCACUCUGACUUCAAAUGAGCAAACUCUGCCCUCUGAUAAAGGCCAUGAGAUGCAGCUGAAAGCUCUGGUAGAAAACGUUGACUUUGAGUCACAGAUGCUACAGAAGUUAUAAAUGUUGUCAAAUACAGUACAUUAAUAUGCUAUUAUAAAGUCCUUAUAUCUGUUGUGUUAUAAAUCAUUUAUUAAAUGUUAUACUGCUUAAAAGUGCUGAAUAGAAGGGUUUAAGUAAAGUGCGCUAACUUAAUACUAACAACAUAAACAUUAUUAUAAAGGAAAUAAUCUAAUUCAUAUAUUUCAUAUUAUCUUUAAUAUUUAAAGAAAGGUUUUAUUUAAUUAUGUUCAAAAGCGGCAAAUUUAGAGUAAUCUGUAAAAAUCAACAUUUAUGUGUAUAUGAUUUUACAUAAAAGUCCUAAUAGAUCUUGUACACACAAAACAAGAACUUGUUCACAAUUUGUGUUAAGAGAUAAAAAACUGAAUUAAACUUAAACUAAUUAAAACAAAACAAAAAGGACUUUGGAGACUGUAGAGUUUAUCUAUUAUCACACUGUUAUAAAAGUGUUAUAAUGCUCUGUUUUGCAUGAUAACAACACAUUUGACAUUAAACUACACUAAAGAUCAGAACCAGACAUUGUAGUCAAUCCCAGAUGUUUAAUGUCAUCACAGGUGUAGAAAAAGGUUUCAAUAUUCACUUCAGUUGUUGAAAUUACAUAUUUAUGUUGAACAGGAAACUAGAUUAUUUUGUGAUAGCAUUUUUGUAUUGAUUAGGAAAUGCAUUUGAUGUAAUAAUUAAAUUUUUGUAAUAAUAAUUUAUAUUUUUAUUUUUUACAUUGUGUUUUUUAACUACAUUUUAACUACAUCAUGGUUUAAAUGUUCCAGAUUCACACUGCCAGAAAUAUUUAAUUUAAUUUGUAUUUAACUGAAAUACUUUGUAUAAUAGAUUAAUAUUGAUCACAAUAUUCAGUUAGAAAAUACUUCCUGAACCAGAGGCUCCCCCCACCGUCCCCCUGACAGCCCCAGGGCAUGAUGGGACAUGUAGUCACUGCUCCACCUCCACUGUGUCUCUGCUGAUGAUGUCAGUCUCUGUCUACCUCCACAAUGCUGUAACUCCAACCUGCCAAUAACAGAAACUGAUGUCCUGUGAAAACCUCUUAACUCUUCCCAGGCCUGUCCACACAGGCCCGCUGGAGUUAGGAGGUUUUCACACUGCAGAAGCAGUGUAGCUGCCGUCUCUUUAAAGAUAAAUAUAAAUAAGGUUGUUCUAUUAGAAAAACAAAACAAAAAACACAACAAACCUCACUGAGAACACGAAAACUUCUUCAGGAACUUUAACGUAAUUUUAAAGAACGUCAACCUUCACCCUUACAUUUUUGUGAAAAUCCGCCUGCACAGACUUGAAACAUCACACAAUUUAUAUUUUAGUCAAAGGUAUAUUAUCAUCAUCGGAUGAUUGGCAGUUUGUUUAGAGACAGUGACAUUUAAAAGUGAUAGAAAAACAGGAAAUAACUUAAAGAAAUAUCCCAAAUAACUUGUUUU